AGAUGUAUGUACCUGCUGCAGCUAGAACCAUCAUCAAUGGAUAAACUCGCAAUGGACUUGAAAUGAUAGGGAGAUAAAAGAGAAAGAGAAAGAGCAAGCAUACAACACAGAAAUGGCGACCCUUUCAACUCCACUCUCCCAUAACACUUUAUCCUUACGACAGUUAUCGACGAAACGCCUCCAUUGUCCUCUUCAUCAACUCCCUCUACCUAUCAGAAUCAACUGUUCUUCUGCUAGUAAAUGUGUUUCCAAGACCGAGGAAAGCUCAUCAACAUUUAAGGAACUGAGGAGCGUAGCUUGUGGCCUUCUAGCCGUAUGCGCUGUUGCUACUGCCUCACCUGUAAUUGCAGCAAAUCAGAGGUUGCCUCCACUGUCAACAGAGCCCAACCGAUGUGAGCGUGCAUUUGUUGGUAAUACAAUAGGUCAGGCAAAUGGUGUAUAUGAUAAGCCCCUUGAUCUGCGCUUCUGUGAUUACGCUAACGAAAAAUCCAACCUGAAGGGAAAGUCUCUUGCAGCAGCACUCAUGUCAGAUGCUAAGUUCGAUGGUGCGGACAUGUCAGAAGCUGUGAUGUCAAAGGCUUAUGCUGUUGGAGCUAGCUUCAAGGGUGCAAACUUCUCGAAUGCUGUUUUGGAUCGAGUUAAUUUUGACAAUGCUGAUCUCCGAGGAGCUGUGUUUAAGAACUCCGUAUUAUCUGGUUCUACUUUUAAUAAUGCUCAGCUUGAAGAUGCAGUUUUCGAAGAUACCAUCAUAGGUUACAUUGAUCUUCAGAAGCUAUGUACAAAUAAAAGUAUCAGUGCUGAUGGAAGAGCUGAGUUGGGUUGUCGAUGACUGCAGCUUAUUCUCUUUUCUCAUGUUUCUUUCUGUCUUGUUUAGCUACCGCAGGCUGCAAUUUUUUUUUUUGAAUGGCAACUGAUCAUUAAUAA